GAUAAAAAAAAUAACAAAAAACCUUUUGAGGGUUUCAAUUAUAAGAGGGAAAAACGAAGACCAAUUGUCUCGUCUUUCUCCUUCGUUUCAACGAUUUUGUUGUUGUUGUUUUACCUCUCCCGAUUACAAACACUCUUUAUUCUCUCUAUUUAUUUUGCUUUUUCUCUUUUUGCUUUCUCCCAUAAAGGCGAGAAGGAAAGAUAGAUAAAAUUGUUGAAUUCAUACAGAAGAGAAUUGAUUAGCUUGUCUCUGCUUUCUACUUGCUUUGGAUAAAGCUCCUUCUCCUGGAAAAUCUCGACGUUGUGGUCGAAGGAUUCGCUUCGCAUCACCUGGUGAACGAACGAACGAACGAACGAACGAACGAACUCUUUACUAUGUCUGUUGUGUGAAUUGUGAAUUUAAAAAAAAAAAAAAACUGUUAAAACAAACUCUUAUGGAUACGCUCACAUGCUGCGACUGUGGACGCGAUUGCUCCUCUCAUAUCCCCUCUUCCUCCAACGCCAAAGUCCAAAUCGAGAACGAAUGCCAGCUCCUACGCGAAACCGUCGCCGCUCAGCAAGACUCGAUCCAGGACCUAUACGCGGAGCUCGACGAAGAGCGUAACGCCGCCUCCACCGCCGCGAACGAGGCCAUGUCCAUGAUCCUGAGGCUGCAGAGGGAGAAGGCCGAGGUCGAGAUGGAGCUGAGGCAGUUCAAGCGAUUCUCCGAGGAGAGGAUGGAGCACGACCGGCAAGAGCUGCUGGCUCUCGAGGAUCUGGUGUAUAGAAGGGAGCAGACGAUCCAGGCCUUGAGUUUCGAGGCUCAGGGUUAUAGGCAUAGGAUGAUGAGUUAUGGUGUUAGCGAAGAUGAGGUUUAUGAUGACGUGGACAAGAGGGACACGUGUGAUGAUGAGUAUUAUUAUGAGGAGUAUCCUCCUCUUAAGUGUAGUUUGAAUGAGAAUCCUGAGGAGGUUGAUGUUGAUGUUGAGAAGUAUGCGUUGACUGAUGAUUCGCCUUUGAAGAGUUUGGAGCUAAGGAUAAGUCAGAUGGAGAAGGUUCCUAGCUUUGGAGAGAAGGUGGUGGUGGUUGGUAAUGGUCAGAGUCCUAGGCGUCAGAGACAUUUUAGGAAGGUUUCCACUUGUAGUUCAAGUUCGCUUUUGGGAACUAAUAGGAACCAAAUGCCUGGUUUUUCUUCUCUUGUUGAUGAUGAUGAUGAUAUGAAUGAUAGAGUCUAUACCAUUGACUCUGUUCAUCAGGGUGUAUCUCACAGUGGUGUUGUUGCUGAGGAGAAGGUUAGGGAUGAUACAGCUGUUGAUGGCUGUGGAGGAGAGUUGAAUCAGCCGGAUCCUGAUAUAGUGAAACUCUAUGCGAGGAUGCAAGCGUUAGAGGCUGACAGGGAGUCGAUGAGGCAGGCGAUUGUGUCGAUGAGGACUGAGAAAGCUCAGAUGGUUCUCUUGAAAGAAAUUGCGCAGCAUCUGUCCAAGGAUGUUAUUCCAGAGCGGAGGUUACCUCUGCGGAAAGCAUCUAUUGUUGGAGUAUUCAGUUUCCUAUCUGUCUUUAAGUGGAUCACAUCUUUUGUUUUCUGGAGAAAGAAGGCUCGUCGAAGCAAGUACAUGAACGGGGUGCAAGGGAACAACAUGGGUUUGGAAAUGCUUCUAGAAAAUACGCCUCGGAUACGGCAAUGGAGAUGUCUUUCAAGCACGCAAGUGUGACAUAGAUCAUGUUCUCCAACUAGGUGAAUGUGAAGCCAUUAAUGUGUAUACUGGGAGCCUGUAAAUGUUUUACUCAUGUGCAGUUUUUUUUCCUAUUAUUCUUUCGUUCUUUUAUGUUUGCCGUAUUUCAUUUAUUGGUGGGGUUGGAAUGCAUAAAAUUAAUGUCUUGAAUGGGGUUUGAUUUGUUUGUGUAAUGAGAUCGGUGGUGCGGAUUCUGUAAGCAGCUGUGUAUAAUAUUUCCACCAUUCUUUGUUUGGAUUC